CGGGAAAUUAAUUUUGUGGCAACUGGAUUAUUGAAUCGAUCCCCUACUCGAGCCCUGUGAUUCUCACAGAUCGAUCGGGCUCGACAGAUGGCGUAGAAAGAUGGGGUCUGGGGCUCCAGUCGUGAUUUUUCGCGAGGUCGCAAUUUUUUCGUGACGUCGGAUCUCAGGGGCGGGAGAGCCCCUGUUCCGAGCCGACAAGGCAAGACAUCCGGAUGUAUUCAUAGUUUUCGGCCUCUGGGGGUCCGUCGAGGGCCGCGCUCCUGGGCUAUCAGACUAAGACCAUAGGGACGAAAAGAAGUGCCUGUUUGAAAGAUCCAGACAUCGAAUGUCCCAGCUUCCGUCAUGAGGGUACGGCCGGGAACUUUCCGCGCCUCCUUGAGACACUCCAUCCAUUUCCCAGUCCAGUUUUGAAUUCAAGAAAUCAGUUUUUUGAGUUCCUGGCCGGCGCGUCCGCGCUGUGUGGACGUCGACCGCCGCCCGUCAGGCCUUGGCGCUUGCUGCCGUGCCGGCGCGCGGGGCGGUGGCGGGCACGCCUUCGUGGCGCCCAGCGGAGGCCUCGUCGAGGGCGGCGCCCGCGAGGCCGCGCCCGCGCCCGCGCCCGCCGCCCGCCGCGCGUGGGUCUCGCUCCUGGGGGCGGGGCUGCUGGCGCAGGCGCCGGCCGGCGCGGAGGCCGGCGCGGAGGUCUGGGCAGGUUCCUCUUGCCUGGGGUCCCUCUUGCGUGCGGCCGAGGGCGGCGCGCGCCAGCGGCUGCUGGAGCUUGUGGAGGCAACCGGGCGCGGAGCAAGGGCAUCGGCAGAGCAGAAGGUGGCCGUCGGGGCCCUGGCGGACGAGCUGGCUGCGGAGACGUCGCCGUCGCCGGAGGGGUCCAUGCUGGGAGGGAGGUGGGACCUGGUCUACACCACGGAGAAGGAGGUGCUCUCGCUCAUCGGGGACCCCGGAGUGGCGGUGUACCAGAGGAUCGACUCCGACAGGGGAUCCAUAGCGAACAGCGUCGUGUUCGGGGAUGGCAAGAGGUUCGAUGUCACUGGCACGAUCGAUUGCGGCAACGGGCGCUCGCGAGCGGAGGGAGAUUUUCCAGCAGGGCUGCGCAGCUUCUUCGAGUUCACUGGCGCGUCGGUUACGAUCGGCGGGUUCACGGUCCCCCUGCCGCCCGUUGGGAAGGGCUGGUUCGUGUCCGUGUACCUCGACGGCACGCUGCGAGUGAACCGGGACUCCCGCGGAGACCUGGCUAUCUACCUUCGCGCCUGACCGGGCAAAAGGCUUCUCCUGUCUUUCCAUUCUUCCAGGCCACUCUCCUCGUCUGGGGUCACUUCUGCGUAUGGCCGGCCCUCGCCGCUCUCCUCGAGGGAAGCUGCCCUGCAUCGCUCGGCUUGUCGCCUGGCUGCGGGUCUUUUGUGGGAGCAUUGGUGAGGGAUUGAAGACAAAGCGAAGG